AUGCCAGUGCUUGCCAAGAGUGGGGUGGAGGUCACCGACAAUGUGGACUCUGCGCCGAGCUGUUUGGACAAGGACCUCCUGGCAAUAAUCCUUUCCCAAGUUGGGGAUGCAAUCACACUUUGUCAGCGCCAAGUGCCGGCCGUUUGCCGCCACUUCCAGUCCGCCACGCUUGAACCCCUGUGCUGGCAGCAUCUUUCGCUGUCGCCUUCAAAUACCCUGCCUUCCUUUGCAGUGAACGAUGAUGUGGUGCGCCGGCUGGCCAGGACUCACGGGCCAAAGCUGCUCACAGUUUGCCUGGACGGUGCACGUUUAUUGGGGCCCUCGGCAGUGUCUACGCUGGCCCACCAUUGUGGGCAGCUGCAGAGCUUCACGGCUGUGGGUUGUGUUGGGAUAAGCUUCGGCGCAGUGCGCUUCCUCUGCAAGUCUUGCCCAUCACUUCACACCCUCCGCGUGUCUGGCUGCCAUUUGGACGCCGAUCCUGUGCCCCAAGCUGAAGCAGACAAGCUGGCAAGGACAGUCGUGGCAAACUGCCCGCAACUCCGCGUGCUGUCUCUGUCACAUCUUCGGCUGGAGGCUAGCCUUGAGGCUCUCUUGUGCUGCCCUGUGCUGGAGGCACUGGACCUUUCCAGCUGCGAACACUUGCCGUGCACGGAGCACUUCACUUCGCUUUUCGCACCUGCAGAGCAGCGCCUAACAUCCCUGAAGCUGGGGGGCUGCACCCGCCUCCAGUCCCUCUCAGGCCAGUUCACGCAGCUACGAACGCUGUACUUGGGAGGCUGCGAGCGCCUGAACGAUGCUGAGGGACUUGGGCUAAUUCUUCAGCACUGCUGCAAGACGCUUACUCUGUUAAGCCUGGUGGGCUGUCAGAAUCUGUCUGCGGAAGGCCUCCAAACUGCUUUCGGUCAUGCGGGGAUGCUUGAAGUUCUUGAAACCCUGGUGCUGGGGGGCUGUCGCGUACAUGAUGAGCUUUGUGAGCUGCUCGGUCCUGCCUGCCCCAGCCUGACUUCUCUUGAUCUUUGGGACUGCCCUAUGACAAAUGCCGGGGUGGCCGCCAUCAUCAAAGGGGGAGCGCCCCUGUCAGAGCUGAACUUGCGAGAAUGCCGGAUGGUCACCGGCCAAGUUUUGCAGGAGCUAUGCGCAUCUCCCACGGCACGUCUGCGCACACUGGAUGUUUCCUGCUUGGGGCCCUUAGCUGAUGAAGACCUCGUCCCUGUGGUUCAAACUUUUGCCGAGCACCUCCGGUGCCUCAUCUGUGGCGGCUCGCGGUGCUGCAUUACGGACAAGCUGUUGGAGGAACUUCCGCGAAACAUGGAGGCGUUGCACCUUGAGGAGUGCAGACUGCUGUCUUCUGUGGCUCCCAUUGCUCGUCUUCAGAAUCUGACCGCGCUGAGUUUGGAGAAUGUGGAGGAUCCCGCGGCUGCCUCCAAGCUCUUGGACAUAUGCCAAUGCUGCGCAGUGUCAUCCCUGAACAUCUCUGGUUGUGCCAUUGGUGAUGAUAUUGUUUCCAGGAUUACUGCGUCUCUACCACGUCUUCUUGAGCUCGAGGUUUGCAGCACCCCCAUCACUGACGCAGGCUUGCGAGACAUUGUCCGGCACUGCGCCCGCCUCCUCCAUCUGGGAAUGCUCAACUGUCCGUUCGUCAGCAGCGCAGCAGUGCAAGAGUGCCGCCAGAUUCUACCUGCUUGCGUGGUGAGCUUCUUGGAGAACUGA